AUGAACCGCUAUCUCUUCCCCCUUCUUGCAUCCGCCCUUGCCCUCGCCGCCGUUCCGGCGACGGCACAGGAAAUCGACGGCGUCUCGGUCGAAAUCCGCACCGGCGGCGACGAUCUGCGCGGCAAUGACGACAACGCCUUUGCCUCGAUCUGGUCCUACCGGGCCGACGGCCGCCAGCGCGGCAUUCGCCGGCAGGUCAAUCCCCGCGACCGCAGGAUCAAGGACCACACGACGACGCACCUUUAUUUCGAUACGCCCGAUGGCACCGAGGCGGACGACAUCACCCUGUUCAUCCUGAAUGUGGAGGGGUUCUCGGGCGGCUUUGACGGCGACAAUUGGAACGUCGAUGCCAUCCGCAUCACCGGCAUCAAGGACGGCAUCACCGUCAAGGAAUACAUGAACGAGUUCGCCAACCCGCUGAUCCGAUUCACCGGCGACGUUCACACGUUCAGCCGGGACCUGCGCGUGCGAUAG